AACUGUAGAGCAAUUCUUCAUGUAGGAUAAUCUUUUUUUUUUUGGGGGGGGGCAGAUAUAUGAUAGCAAAAUGUGUAGAUUGCAGGAAAUUAGCUUUAAAACUGCAAAUUCUUCUCUGUCCCAUACUGAAAUGUGUAGACUAGCAGGAAAUUAAUUUUAAAACUGCCACAUUUUCUCCCAGCCUCAUGGCAAAAUGUGAACAAGCACGAGAUGCGCUAUAAAAUAGCAACAAAAACUGUAGAAUUGCAGAAAAUGUGCUUUCAAACGGCAACAUUUUCACUUAGCCUCAUUACAAAAUGUACAGAAUAGCAUUAUAAAACAGCACAUUGUUCUCAAUGCACCAAGGCAAAAUGUGUUGAAAUGCAGUAAAUUGGCUGAUUUCCCCAAAAAACUGUCGGUGCCCAAAUGCAGUAGUCCGGCCCUGGUGUAACAUUCCCGUUAUAAAACAUAAACAUGCCCUUUGACCAAGAUUUAAACUCCAACACUCCAGUCAAUCUGAGCAAAUGAAGAGUUCCUACUGUCUGCAGUCCAUUGUUUAGUGCUGACUCAGUCGACUCGUUAUAAAUGGCUCAGCACACUACAGAUACGCUCGUGGAGCUAAAACAAAAAGUUGGCAGUUGUAUCGACGAAGCCAAAGACAGGCUUCAUCGUCUUAGUAAAGACAUAUGGAGUUGUCCAGAACUCGCAUAUGAAGAAAGAAAGUCUCACGACAGGUUAGUUAAAUUUUUCUCAGAGGAGAAGGGAUGGACUGUGGACAGUCAUUUUAAGCUCGAGACAGCAUUCCGUGCCAUAUGGGGACCUGUCGGUGGCAAGGAGAGCAAUAAUGUCAUAAAUGUUGGUUUCUUGACUGAAUACGACGCACUGCCGGGCAUUGGACAUGCAUGUGGCCAUAACCUCAUUGCGGAAAUAGGAGCUGCUGCAGCGAUCGGAUUAAAAGCUUUGGUAGAACGCACACCCGAUUUUGCGGUCCCUGUACAGGUGACAGUGUUGGGAACCCCAGCAGAGGAGGAUGGAGGGGGUAAAAUCGACCUGAUAAGGGAGAGGGCGUUUGAUGGCAUGGAUGUGGUAUUCAUGGCUCAUCCCUCACAGGAGGAUGCUUCCUGGCUGCCAGAUGUGGCUGAACAUGAUGUCAUAGUGAGAUACCAUGGCAAGGCAUCUCAUGCUGCAGCCUAUCCCUGGGAAGGGGUCAACGCGCUGGACGCUGCUGUGCUUGCCUACAAUAACCUUUCAGUGCUCAGACAGCAACUCAAGCCAGACUGGAGAAUCCACGGUAUCAUCAAGCAUGGAGGGGUGAAACCCAACAUCAUCCCCGCCUACACAGAGCUGGAGUACUAUCUCCGAACUCCCUCACGUAAAGACUUGCCCACCAUCAAGGCCAAGGCUGAGAUGUGUUUUAGAUCCGCUGCCAUGGCAACUGGCUGUGAAGUUGAACUGGAGUUCGCAAGGAAUGCCUUUCACAACGUCCUGCGGAAUCCCACCCUGCAUGGGUUGUAUGAGGUAAACGGCAAGGCUUUGGGGAUGGAAUUCACUACAGAUGAAGAGGUCCUCAAAAACUCCUCUGGCUCCACAGACUUUGGCAAUGUGUCUUUUAUUGUACCUGGAAUCCACCCUUACUUUUACAUUGGCUCAGAUGCUCUAAACCACACAGAGGAAUACACCGUAGCUGCUGGUGAUGAUAAAGCUCAGUUCUACACCCUGCGGGUGGCCAAGGCACUGGCCAUGACAGCACUGGAUGUGCUGCUGUGCCCAGAGCUGCUGCAGAGAGCCAGAGAGGACUUAAAGGAGGCUAACCUAAAGGAGGAGCAGGCCCUGAGAGGGGCCUCAGAGGCCAAACAUUGUGGAGGGGCAGCCCAGCACUGAACCACAUACUGUAUAUUAACAGUAGGCUCUGUCAGAUAGCCUACCAUGUCACCUCCUGCCCACCUGAUUCAACCAAUCAACUUCAUGAUCUCAUUGAAAUGAAUUAGCUAACUUAAGUGUGGGGCUAGAACAAAACACUGUGAUCUGUAGCUCUCUAUUGACCAAUGUUUGUGUUCACUGAUCUUUCUGGUCAAAGGUAACCAUAAUAGAGUGAAAUACUACUGAUCCACUGGUCAGGUUUGAUAUUCCAACAGCUGAUAAUGGGCUAUUGAUAGGAGGAAAAUCUUAAUAAACUUAGUUUUCAGCUAUUCAAUAGGCCCUAAAAGCACUAUUUGGUGCUUCUACCAAAGAUAUGUUCUGUUAUGUGUGAGCACUUGAAUUGUUAUUAUCAUUACAUUAUGAAAACACCCUGUAACGGAUGGGCCAUAGAAAGGUUUUUUUUGUUCUUUAUUUUGGUUAGGCCAGGGUGUUACAUUGGGUGGGUGUUCUAUGCUCAUUUUCUAUGUUGUCUGUUUCAUUGAUUUUGGCCGUGUGGCUUCCAAUCAGGCACAGCUGUUGUUGGUUGUUGCUGAUUGGGAGUCACACAUAAGUGCCUGUUUUUCCGUUGGGGUUUUGUGGGUAAUUGUUUCUGUUGUGUGGUUUUCACCGACAGAACUGUUGGCUUUCGUUUUCCCUGUUUGUUUUUUGAAGUGUAUCAUUAAAAAUCAUUAUGACCACUUACCACGCUGCAUCUUGGUCCCCUCUUCCAGACGAUUGUUACACACCCUCAUUACAUUUUGUAAAGCCUUUUUUUGUAGGAUAUACCUUUCCAGCCUUUGGUUGAAAUCAGGCUUAAUUCCAAACAGAUGUCAUAUCAAUGUGGCAUUGGAUAAGCCUAAAUGCAUUGGAAAAGCAGGUUCAAUUUCAAAUACUUUGCUCGCCUGAUCACUGGGCUCAAAGAACCAAUCACACAAUGUUUGUUGGAGACAGACAGGUCUCCUUAUAAGGCGCCACUCGCCCGCCACUGGUCAUUCUCGCCUCUCUUCCUUGCGGAAGAGACUAUGCUCACUAAAGUUCUGUUCCGCACGACGAGAUCACUGUCUUCCUACUGAACUGUUCUCAAGCGAACAGUGAGGUUAACACUGCCAAACGUGGGGCCUCAGCUCCUGUCGAUGGUGUUGAGUACUGACCAAAAGGAAAGUUUUGCUUUGAGUAUACAGCUAGCUAUCGAGACUUGGUUAGCCCACGCUGCAAGGCUCGCUGGAAAGUUAGCUAAACACACCAGCAUUACUACCAGCAAAAGUAACAUUGCUAGCUCCCGUUUCUUGUCUAGCUAGCUUUGAAGCUAGCUAAAAGUACUUCAACAAGCUAGCUCUCGCCGGGAAGACUUAGCUAAGCUGGGUAACAUGCUAAGUCAGCACUUGCUUUCCCGUGCACCCUGUGCACGGUAUGGACUUUCCCAAGACCGCCCUCAAGUGAAGGCUGUGUAGCGCAGUCCGUUCGUGGGCCCUAUCACCCUCACAGCCUGCAGGCGAGGAGGCUACCCCGCAACCUCAACCCACAUGGGUGGAGGUAGCAGAGAGUUACCCAGAGGACCUCAAACCGCUGUUUGAUGAGCUUGCAGCGGGGGAAGGGGACCUUGUCAUCGACAAGUUUGAUAGCAGGGAAAUGACUGGCAUCUUCCCAGAGGGGGAAGAGGAAGCCCCAGACUUGAGGCCCUCUUCCUACCUCAGCGGAGCUAGGAUACCCAAUGACAGAUUUGGACUUAUCGAUGUCUGCAGACGGACAGUGGUCAGACUCAAGAUCGUGGAGGAGGACAAGGGCUUUGGCAAUCCACCGGUGGUCGAGCCGUCACUGGCUAACCACCUCAACCCCAGUGCCUUGUCAGUGACCAGCACUGCUCUCCCUGAAGCGUUUCACCGCCUCCAUAUUCCAUAAGGACUACAUAUCUGCGGCACGUUCUGUAUGGGCAUUGAACGUAACGUACCUACUGUUGGCUUACCCGGCCAAUUUGUUGCUAGAGAUAUGCAAUAUCUUAGGCAAAGGCACAGUCAUCCAGUACGUAUGGGACGAGAUCUGUCAUUGCAGAUCUCAACCUCCGGGCCUCCAGAGUCAUCAUACAAGGCUGUGGGCGCGCCAUGAGCCCUGCGGUGGUGGAGCCUUGUGGCUCAACUUGUCCAGCCUCUCGGACAAGGAAAAGGCAGAUUUCUUACACAGUCCUAUCGCACCAAAGGAACGAUUUGGGCCUUCUGUCGCCAUCAUAACCGAUACACAAGAACUUUGUAAGGUAGGCGAAGCCUUUAACUUCUGCUUGCCCUGCAGAUCUUGGUAACGCGGUAACUCGGUCUCCCCUUCCAUGAGCCAACGCUUUGCGGUAGGGAGAGGGAAACACGCUGGCACCAGGAGUUUUUGCAACACAAAACCCUCAGCAACGCAGCAGGCUGCGAACCCUCAGUUCGACUCUCCUAACAGAGACCGACGAGGGAAGCGGUCCUUCGCUGCUGCCUCAUCGAGGUCCCACCCACUUAAUUCCCUCGGGGAAAGAAGGGACGUCCGACCUAGGGGUACGUCUCCAGCGGCAGUGAGGGGCAUCCAACAGUUCACUUCAUGUCCCGACUUGGAGCACUUCUUUUUUUAAGAGAUUAAUUUGUUCAAAACUGUUGUCUUUCUCUCUCUUUGAGUCUACUACUCACCAUAUUUUAUCCACUGCAGUGCUAGCUAGCUGUAGCUUAUACUAGAUUCAUUCUCUGACCUUUUGAUUGGGUGGACAACAUGUCACUUCAUGCUGCAAAAGCUCUGAUGGGUUGGAGGAUGUCCUCCAUAAGUUGUCAUAAUUACUGUGUAAGUCUAUGGAAGAGGGUGAGAACCAUAAGCCGCCUAGGUUUUCUAUUGAAGUUAAUGUACCCAGAGGAGGACAGAAGCUAGCUGUCCUCCUGCUACACCAUGGUGCUACCCUACAGAGUGCUGCUGAGGCUACUGUAGACUUUCAUUGCAAAACAGUGUGUUUGAAUCAAUUAUUUGUGAAUAUAUUUUGUAUCGUUUUAUCUAAAAAGGCUAACUUUUUAAAUGUUACACAAAACAAAUAAAUAAAUGACAUUCACGGA